ACGCAUAUUCGGCUUCGAAAUACUGGGGAAAAUAAGUAAAUAGUUUGACUCCAUUCAAAGUUCAUUACUCAGAUAUGUACAGUGAGGAUGAAAUGCAUCCACCAGAGUGGAUAAGCGAGGAUUUCUUCAAGCAAAUACUCGACAAAGCGGAAAGUGAGAGUGUGAAGAUCAUAAAUAUGCAACUCUCACCUGGCACCGUCAAGAAUGAUAACUACGCCAGUGUACUGUUUCGUGCCAAGUUAAAGUAUGUUUUGUGUGCACAACCCGCGCAGGAGAAAUGCCGUUCGUUCAUCAUGAAAACAGGACCAAUUGUGGAUGGUAUCAGGAAGGAUAAAAUGAGUGAGCUACCGCUCUUCGAAACUGAGGUGAAAAUGUAUACGAAAGUGUUGCCGAAAAUCGAGGCAGAGCUGCGUGCGAUUGGCGACGAAACGGUGCUGAGUCCCAAGUUAUUCCAUUACAGUCUUGAGUGGCCGCAAUGCAUAGUUUUAGAGGAUCUGGUGCUUGAAGGGUAUACGACUAUCAAUAAUCGGCCUUGUAAUUUGGAUGAAAUCAAAGUGGCACUACAGAAAUUGGCGAAACUUCAUGCAAUCAGCUUUAAAAUGGCUAAGAUGGGCAACGACGACGUAACGACCCUUGAUAAUCACUUCAUGAACACACUGGACCUAGAAACCUUUCCUUUGCUGAGAGAUGGCGUUAAGCUAACCAAGGAAAUUAUCAGCGAUGUACCAGAUUUGCAAGAAUACUUGCCACACAUUCAAGAAGCUGAAAGGUUUUUGUUACCCAAAGUUUUGGAGCUAGUAAAUUCCUAUAAAAAUGGUAGGCACAGUGGAGUGCAAGUGCUAAACCAUGGCGAUUUUCAUGUGAAGAAUGUAAUGGUGAAAAACGUCAACAACCAGCUGAAGGACUUGAUAUUGAUUGACUAUCAACUCAGCAUAUUCGGUUCACCUGCAAUAGAUCUGCACUACGCCUUCACGUUAUUUUAUAGCCCAGAUAUGAGACGUGAAAAAAUGGAUGAGCUGCUUUAUCACUACAUAACGCACUUUCAAGAGACUUUACGCAGAGCGAAGUACCAAGGCCAUAUACCGACCAUCACCGAGUUGCGUGCGGAGUUGCAGGAGUUUCGACACUGGGGUCUUUACAUGAAUCUCACAUUGCUGAUCCUUAACUAUGCCUUCGUAGAUGACAGCAUCGAGUUGAGUAAGAUGGUUGAGUCGGAAACGGAUCGGCGUGCAUAUUUUGCAAAUUCGAAAAUUUUGAAUGAGCUGCGUGUGUUGUUACCGCGUUUUUUGUAUUUCGGUUACUUUGAGGAGUAAGCCGUUAAAAAAUAAUAACAAAUAAAAAGGUGUGGCAGUUUUUUAUUGUUAAACAG